AUGUCCACCACUCUUUCACCAUUGGAUCUUGUAAACAGUAUUCUUGAAGAGCUUUCAUACAAUUCCAGUACGUCUACACCAUUUGCUGAACUAUGGGCCUUUAUCGAGACGUUGGUUAUUGUUGUAGACGAUUUUUAUAAGUCUAUUGUAUGGACCUGGCUUAACAGGCUAAAAGAAAAGACCCGCAUUCUAUAUAACGGCGAAGAUAUUCCGCAAGAACAUCGAGACUGGCCUUAUUCAGAGGUUCUCGAGAAGUAUCAAGAGUCCAAUCUCAGUAUAGUACUUUCUGAAGAUGAACUUUGGCAACAUUUGACCGGUAUGUCCAAAGCGCAAUCAGAUAUUGGUGCCAACCCAUUCCAACUUUUAUGCGAAAUCGCACGCGCGCGAGCCGAAGGCAUCACCAGUGCUACCCUUGCUAAAGUAACUAAGCAAGAUGCACGAUCAUUAACAGGUCGACUUAAUUUGCUUAUUAAAUUAGGCCUUAUCAAAAAGUACUCCAUUAUUUCAAACGGUUCAUGGACCUAUGUUUCAGUUUUCCAUAAGUUUGUGUGGGCUCAGCGAGACCCAAUAUCAAAGACAAAAGGUUCAAAACCAAAAAAAAAUGGAAGCAGCUCCAGCUCAACAGAAAAAGCACAUGCAGUGCUUUUAGAUAAAACACUUAUUCGCCGAAAAGUUAUGGAAGCUCUUAAGGUGGCUCCACGCAACAUUCUAUUUUAUCUUGAUAUGGUAGAAGAACUUAAUGUUCGACGCGGACGUCUUGGUAGUAUUCUAAGAAAACUUGCAAAAGAAGGAUAUGUCGAACAAUUAGUUAUGUUCAGAGAAGAUGCCCCACAUCGCUGCUAUCUCUGUGUUCGCUUUCUUAAAGACCUUCCAGCCUCUGAUGACCCAGAUGAACAGGAUGACGAUGAUGACGAUGAUGAGGACGCUGAAGAAGCUGAAGAUGAGAAUCCCGGAAUGGACGACCCUGAAAGUUCGAAAACCAUGGGAAUCAUUAACGAAAAGGAAUUACGCCCAAAUGAUUUGGAAAAGAUGCAGGAGGCCAAAGCUGAAGAAAUGGCUGCAGAUAAACGUCAAAGCUCAGUACAACACAAAGUCAAUUUUGUCUAUUCAUUUACUAGUCAGGUUUUUCAAAUCAUUAAAAACUACAAUGCUGCUGGUAUUCCAGGUGGUGUUAUUCUCCAAGAACUUACAGGCCGCAGUUUUGCUCGAGUUGUUAAUAAAGAAUUGGAGGGUCUUACGGGAACUUUAACUUCUGAUCAAUUGAAAAAAUAUAUUGAAUCACCAUUGGGUCAUUUGCUAGUAAUUCGUGGUGUCGAUUUUUCUGCGCGCAUUAAGUAUUAUCGGUAUUUUACAAAUACAGGCUAUGUCAAGUUCAAUAACGAACCUGAGAAAGAAAUAUGGGGAUCUUUCUUUUUUUCCGAAAAACCAGCUUUCCAAAGCUUGGCUGAAAUGGAAAAAGGUCGUUCCAUUCCGUUACCAGGUCGUGCAAACGUUGUAUCUGAAUCAAAUGGCAAUGCUAGACUAGUUUUUUAUGGAGAAAUUUCCAAACUACGGAAAGACGGAUUUGAUAUACCUAUUCCUGAGUCGACUCCAACUACGGGAGGAAAAAAACGUGGUCGCCCUCGCAAAAAUCCAAUUGUUGAAACUCCAUCUAAAAAAUCAAAAAAAAAUGAACCUGAAGCAUCUAUAGCACUGAGAACUAUAUCACCAACUACGGCCUCAGUUACUCAACCGGAUUUAAUUUCUCAGGAAGAAACACAACAGUCAGAUAUUCAAAGCAGUUUGGUGGUUCAAGCACAGAGUAUUCCCGCUGAAAAUGUUCCUUCGAACGAGAUUCCUCGUGUUGCUGAGCCCGAAACUGUUGUUGACCCUUCAAUUCACGAAGCUCAAGCAGCUCAAAAAACACGAGAGGCCGAGGAAACUCGAAUAGCUGAAGAGGUUCAAGAAAACAGAGUGGCCCAAGAAUCCCUGGACUCUCAAGACAUUCAAGAUGAUCACAUUUCUGAGAAUAAUCAAGAAGGUCAAAAUUCUGAAAAAACUCAGGAAAGUCAAAAAGCACAAAAUUUGCCUUCAGUGGACUCAGAAGACCGUCAAGAUAAAAAGAUGGUCGGAUUGGUUGAUGAAGACUUGACUCAUAAUUCAAUCAUGAAAAUCAUAUCCCAACACAGUCAAACUCCUGUCAAACGAGGUCGCAACUUCGUCAGACAGCGGACACAGGCUGUUAGUCUUGGCGAUCAAAAACGUAUUAAACAACUUUUGGAAGCUUUGGAGUUGAACAAUGGUGUUGCAGAAAAUGGUACUGCCUUUUUGAUCGAAUUUAAUAAUCGGUUCAAAGAAGAAAACGGAUCAAGCAUGGACAGAAAAACUUAUGAAAAGAUGAUUAAGCUAAUGGAGGAAAAUGAAACCAUUCGUGUAUUUAAAUUUACGCUGCCUUGCAAAAAUAAAGAUGGCAGUAAAUUUCUUUCGAAAUCAUUGGUUGUUGCUAACGGUAUUUCAGAUGAUGAUAACCGAAUAAAAGAAGUAAAAGAACGAAUUGCUCAAAACUUGGAGGUUCUCAGAAAUCGGGCAGCACCCCAUAGCGUUGCAAGAAAAUCUGCAAGUGGAAACUUUUUUGUCAUGUCUGAAAAGUACAAGACAGCUAUUCGAAGAAGUAACUUGCGAUAUCUGUCUAUCAAUGGGUUACUUCCCAAAUCUAAAACUCGCCGUCUUAGAAAAGCGGACACUGAUCGUGAAAAAACUCGAAAGGGUAGAAAAAAGCGCAAGCAUUCUGGAGAUGAUUCACUCAAAGAAGGUGAGACCGAAGACAGUAUUCGCAAACGCCGGCGCAUUCGCGGUGAUGGUUCUAAUAAUACUAAGAAGCGUCGCAGUCGCAAGUCUCGUGGAAGCGAUGAAGAAGAGACUGGUAAUCCAGACAUAGACAUUGGAGUUCGCAUUUCAGAUACCAAAAAAGUCAGGAGACGGAGAAAAGCACAAAGUUUCAUUGGGGGUGACGAUCCAAUCUUGUUGCGAGAAACUACUGUUUCUCACAGACUUUUUAAAAAUGCUCGCAAAUAUGCAUCCAAGAUGAGACUCAAGACAGCCGAAGGCGAAGCAGAAAAAAAUAAAAAUAAGCCAGCACGCAAAAAGGAAAGAGGACAUCGGGCUGCUAUCAGAAAUAUUACCAAUUUGGAUACCUUUGUUCGUGUGGUUAUUAUUUGCAGAUCGUUUUCUGAGGCCGGAUUAAUUAAAAUGGACUGGGAGCAUAUUGCCAAAGAGCUCCGAAACUGGUAUCCUGAUGUUUCUGCAUCUCAGGCACGCAGCUUAUGGGCUCGAAGCCGAGUCAAGAUUGGGGGUUCAACGCAGAUUUACCAGCUCAUCAAUGUUUGGAUGGUUCUGUUUGAGCGCGGCUACGAAUCUGGUGAAAUCAAGCUCAUGGAUCCUGAAGAUUUGGACAUUCCAUAUCUAGUGGCAUAUUGGAGACUAAAGUCGCCUUUCCUUAAGGAUCCCGAUGGAUCCCCCGCGUUGUUUGAGGAUCGCAAGAAAUUUGAGGAGGAAUAUAUCAUUAUUCCUGGGACUUAUGUCAAGGAAUACGAUACUGUUCUUAACCAUAAGUCAAUGGUACAGGUAAAUUCCAAGCUAGCUGACUGGUGCAUGGCAGCACCACGGACUGAGAUGCCGCAGAUUGAAGAGAAAAUUAAGGAGGAAGACACUGAAAUUGGCCGUGCCAAAACGUCAAUCAAAGCACUUAUUGGUACACCUGAGCGCUUGUACGACACAGAAGUUGCCAGAGAUAUGCUUCUUGAGUACAGUGAUGAAACUAUUAAUGGAGCAGUCAAGUCCCUCGACGACGAGCGGUCGAUUGUUUACGUUCCUCGCGACUUUGAAAAAGUUCAGCCCGGCCGCAACUUUAUGUUUUCUGAUCGGUUCAUGUCUACAAUUACAUUGUGGGUUGAUCCUAACAUUCUCAUGACCGCAAGCAGAUUUUUUGAUAAUGUCAAAACAGCACUUUCUGGUAACAAUGGAUACAUUGUCUCUAGGGCAAUUCCUGAUUCUAAUAUGAUGUGCUUGGUGGAUUUAAUCGCUUCCCUUCAAGUAGAUCUUGUGCCAGUGAAGAUGCAAAACGAGGAAAUUGGCAAGGACGAUGAGAAUGCAAAUCCUGACAAGAAUAAAUUGAUUGGCAAACGGUACUUUGACCGGUCAAAGCAUGAUUGCGAUAUUGUCGUGCGCACGCCAGUUCUUGACAAGAAAAAUGAUGAUGAGCUAGUUAAAAAUACUUCUGAGCCAGUCGCACAAGGCGUGCUGGGAACAGUACCGCCGCUUGGGCAUGUCGUGCGACCUCAUACACCAUUGCCAAUGGGCAAUCGGGGCGAGUACAUUUGGGUUGGUGUUAAGGGCCUAAUGAGCGGCCCGAUAUUUGAGCGGCUGAUUGUAUGGAUUUUAAUAUUCAUCAACGGUAGGCCUGGUAUUACUGCCGAACUUUUGUGUGGGCGAUUGCGACCAGUACUGACGCUCAAGGAGGUAAAUGUGCUGCUUGAGUGGCUAUAUAAACAGCGCAUUUUGGAAAAAACAAGAUGCGAUGGAUACCGGUUGUUGCCAGGAUGGUACUAUAAUGUGUUUAACUAA